GCGCACCACGGUGUCGUUUUAUACACCUCCCGAACAAAAAAAAAAAAACAACGAAACACAAUUGCAGAAGAAGAAACAUAAAAACGUUAAAAAAAAACUCUCAUAACCUUUUCUACAUCCUCCUCAAUUCUGAUCAUCUCUCUCUCAUCUUUAUUCUUCACAAUUUGAAUAUAUUUUAUAAAGAUCCUAACAUCUUCAUCUUCCUCCACCCAAGUGUCUCUUCUCUGUGUUGGAUCAAAUUCAAAGAUACUUUAAUUUUUUUUAAUUUUUUUACAACUUUCCUUUCUUGUUGGAACCACUUUUAUCAUCUUUUUUCGUCGUCAAUGGUGGUGAUGGAAGACAACGAGAGCUGCGGUAGUAGAGUCAUUACCGAUAUCUUACCGACGUCGCAGGCAGCCAUUGACCGUCGUGAACGCAUGAAAAUGGAGGUUUUCGAUGAGGUUAUCCGCCGUCUCCGUCAAUCUGACACCGUAGAAACCGAUCUCCCUGGUUUCAUGGACGACCUUUGGACUCACUUUAACCGUCUCCCCGCUCGGUAUGCUUUGGAUGUGAAUGUAGAGAGGGCUGAAGACGUUUUAAUGCAUCAGAGAUUACUAGAGUCCGCUCUUGAUCCACAUAACAGGCCUGUUAUUCAAGUUCGUCUCGUCCAGGUUCAACCUCCUGGGAUCUCUGCUACUUCGGACUCUCUUACCAAUCAACCUGAUCAAACUUCUUCACUCUCUUCCAGAAAAAGCAUUCAUCCACCGCCUGCCUUUGGUUCAUCUCCCAAUCUUGAAGCACUUGCACUUGUAGCUAGUAACGAGGAGGGAGACAACUCUGCCCCUAACAAUUCACGGCCCUUGCAUGAGAUAACCUUUUCCACAAUAGACAAGCCUAAACUCCUUUUUCAGUUAACUGCAAUGCUUGCUGAGCUUGGGCUUAAUAUUCAAGAGGCGCAUGCUUUUUCUACAACUGAUGGCUUCUCACUUGAUGUUUUUGUCGUUGAUGGUUGGCCCUACGAGGAAGUAGAUAGACUUAGAAUAGCACUGGAAAAAGAAGCAGCAAAAAUCGAGUUGCAGGACCAAAGCUGGCCUAUGCAGCAAUCAUUCUCUCCUGAAAAGGAAAACAGUCAAACAGGUGGCAGGACAGUGGCAAUACCCACUGAUGGAACUGAUGUUUGGGAAAUCAACCUUCAACGCUUAAAAUUCGGGCAUAAAAUAGCAUCUGGUUCUUAUGGAGAUCUGUAUAAAGGUACAUAUUGUAGCCAGGAAGUUGCUAUCAAAGUCCUCAAGCCAGAGCGUCUAGAUUCGGACCUAGAGAAAGAGUUUGCCCAAGAAGUCUUUAUUAUGAGGAAAGUGCGGCACAAAAACGUCGUUCAGUUCAUUGGUGCUUGCACUAAACCACCACAUUUGUGUAUUGUUACAGGUAUGUUGCUUGGUAUAUUUUUAUUUAUAUUUCUUUUUAUUCCCUCAUAUCUCUUUUCUCAUAUAAUAGAAUUCAUGCCCGGUGGAAGUGUAUAUGACUAUCUACACAAGCAAAAGGGCGUGUUUAAGCUUCCAGCUUUGUUAAAAGUAGCUAUAGAUAUCUGCAAAGGGAUGGACUACUUGCACCAAAAUAAUAUAAUCCACAGAGAUUUGAAGGCUGCCAACCUUUUAAUGGACGAGCAUGAGGUAGUUAAGGUAGCAGACUUUGGGGUGGCUAGAGUAAAAGCACAAACAGGAGUGAUGACAGCUGAAACAGGAACAUAUCGCUGGAUGGCUCCGGAGGUGAUAGAACACAAGCCAUAUGAUCACAAGGCAGACGUUUUCAGCUACGGGAUUGUGCUAUGGGAGUUGUUGACUGGCAAGAUUCCAUAUGAAUACAUGACGCCAUUGCAGGCAGCAGUAGGGGUGGUUCAGAAGGGACUACGGCCUACAAUACCGAAGAAGACGCAUCCAAAAAUGAAAGAGCUAAUGGAGAGAUUGUGGGAGAAAGAUCCAACUCUGAGACCAGACUUCUCAGAGCUAAUAGAGCAGCUACAAGAGAUAGCUAAGGAAGUAGAAGAAGAGGAGGAGGAGAAGAAAAGAUCACCAACAGGAGGUGGAGGAGGAGGUAUCUUUGCAGCCCUAAGGAGAAGUACAACACAUCAUUGACUGCCUAUCAUUUUGCAUUACUUUUAAAAAGACUUAUAGCAAAUUUGCAGAGUUUGUGUGUGUUGCUUACCUGCUUGCUGCUAUUCAAUUGAUUUUGUUCCUUGUAUUACAUCACACACACACACACCCAUAUUGUCUACUCCAGCAUUCAAGUUGAUGAAAAAAAACUUCAUGUACAUUUAAAACUACAGUGAUCAGAAAGAUUAAACUCACCCACAUUUUUU